AUGAUACACAAUAAGUGUAAUGUACCGGUGACCGACUUGCCCGAAGCUGAUCGUGUCCGGGACGAUCCGGACGAUGCUGACAUUCUCAAGCAGCCUGGUGAAGAGGAAAAUCCAGGCCAGCUAGAAGACGACGUCGAUGACGUUCCUCAAUCGUCAUGGCAGUCGCAGCAUAGGCAGACAAAACGUCCAGGCUGUUGGACUUCCAAAAAUGAGUGUAGGUGGAAAUUUCCAAAGACAAGAAAUCAAAUAUCCUUCUUCUACAAGCGACCGCACGGCACCGAGCUGUAUCAUCGCGGUCAGGAUCUUGUGGUAGACAACAGUUGGAUUAUUCCGUAUAAUCCGACUUUGUUGGUCCGCUACAAUUGUCAUAUCAAUCUUGAACUGUUCGUAGGGAAUCCUAUUCAAAUUUGCCGGCAUAGCAAUGCGUAUAUCAACAAGGGUCUUGAUUCAAUCAAUUUGAGGUGCGUGGAAUUCGGAUUUGAUGAGACCACUAACACGGUCAUUUGGGACGAGCCAGCGGCCUACGUGAAGAUGAGGAACAUCGGCCCUCACGGGGCCAUCUACAGAAUUCUGGGUUUGUCAUGUUUUCAGAUCAGUCAUUCUGUUGUCACUCUUCCGGUUGAUUUGGAAAAUGAGCAGUUCGAGAUUUUUUAUGAGGUUUAG